AUCCUGACCGACGCGGAAGCAUAUUUCGACAAGGAAACGCGAGCGUGGUACUUCGAAAAUGGAACACCAUACCGCCGGGGUUACCUUCUAUACGGACCUCCUGGUACGGGAAAAACUUCGCUAUCUCUUGCCUUAGCAGGGCGUUUUGAUCUUGGCCUGUACGCGAUCAACGCCAACGAAGCAGGUCUUGAUGAUGCUAAGCUUAUCGACCGAUUCAAUCAGCUGCCAGAUAGAUGCGUAGUCCUCUUGGAGGACAUAGAUGCCGCUGGUAUCAUCAUGGAUCGCCAUAAUGCGCCCCCGCCUGUAUUAGGCUCGAGGAACUCUAAACUCCAACAGACUUCCCCGGGCGUAAGCCUCAGUGGUCUUUUAAAUGGCAUUGAUGGUCCCACUUGGAGGGAAGGUCGUCUUCUUAUUAUGACAACUAACGCACCGAGAAGUCUUGACCCAGCUCUCUACCGCGCCGGUAGAGUUGACAAGAAGAUUUACCUGGGCUACUCGACGAAGCGGACCGGUGCGAUCACCUUUCGCCGCAUAUUUGCCAAGGAUCCGCGCAAUAAAUACAGUAUGGAGCGGAUAAUAGAGUUUUCGAGACAAUUCGGAGCUAAGGUGCCGCUCGACACGUUCACCCCGGCAGAACUACAGAACUGCUGCAUGGAGCAUCGCGGGAAGCCUCAAGGGGCGAUAUCCGCAUUCGAUACCUACAUCUCCCGGCGAUUGAACGGGGAGGAUAGGUUUGAAUAUGACAUCGGUGACUGCGGUCGAAAUGGCGGUGACGAGGGCCUCUCCGAAGAUGAGGCUCUCGAAGAUUUGCGGACGCUCGAUUUUGCCUACCUGACGAAGGAAGGGAUCGCAAAGUUUUGA